GGAGGGACUGGCAGAGGGAUUGAGCAGGAGGGGAAAAGGCCAUGAUCCGGAUAAUGAUCUCAUGGCCCCUCUGCCAGCCCCUGUGAAUGACGGCGUGUCUGCAGCACUGACAGGCGGGCACUGGGUGGCCAAAAAGUGCCACUGACCAGUAACAGCAGCAGCAUCACUGUCACUCCUCAUCAUUCCUCUGUGAGGGUGACAGCACAGGGAACAGUGCUAUACGUCUCAACAGACAGGAAGGCAAGACAGCAGCAGGAUUAGUAGCUCUGCCACGAACAUUCAAUGUCGACACCUACAGAUCCGGGUGCAAUGCCUCACCCGGGGCCAUCUCCUGGUCCUGGGCCCUCUCCAGGACCUAUCCUAGGACCUAGCCCAGGGCCUGGACCUUCUCCAGGAUCAGUGCACAGCAUGAUGGGACCAAGUCCAGGACCACCCAGUGUAUCCCAUCAACUUUCCAGUAUAGGCCCAGAUUAUCCACAGGAAAGCAUGCAUCAGAUGCAUAAGCCGCCAAUUGAUAGCAUCCAUGAUAAAGGAAUGGCUGAAGACAUGCAUUGUGCAACCAUCAAGGGUUCAAACAUGAGACCACCUCAUGCUGGAAUGGGACCACCACAAAGCCCAAUGGAUCAGCAUAGUCAAGGAUACAUGUCACCCCAUCCUUCACCUUUGGGGGCACCCGAACAUGUAUCCAGCCCAAUGUCAGGAGGUGGUCCAACUCCUCCACAAAUACCACCAACACAACCAGGGCUCAUGAUGCAAGGAGAUUCACAAGGUAUAAGUCAACCUAGUCGUGGCCCCUCCGCAUUCAGUCAGGUACAACUUCAUCAGCUACGAGCUCAAAUUUUGGCUUACAAGAUGUUGGCGAGAGGGCAGCCUUUAUCUGAAAAUCUGCAGCUUGCUGUACAGGGAAAAAGGACUCUGCCUGCAAUUCAACAGCAGCAGCAACCACCACCACCGCAACCACUGCCACCACAGCAGCAAGCCCCUACUAAUUUCAGCAGACCUCCUGGUAUGGCAAUGCACCCGAUGGCUGUCCCUCCUCCUGGAGCAGGAUCAGCACCUGGAAUGGCUGGACAUUCUGCCAGUAUGACCCCAAAGCCUUGGACAGAAGGACAAGGAUCAGAUAUGAAUGUUCCAAGCACUCCUCAGAAACUUGUUGUCCCACCACCAAGUGGAAGGCCUUCUCCGGCUCCUCCCUCUGCUCCUCCUUCUGUUGCUCUGCCUGGGCCAUCUGUCCCCCAGCCAACACCAGGGCAGCCUGCGCCUAUCGUUCAGCUACAGCAGAAGCAGAAUCGUAUUAGCCCUGUCCAAAAACCUCAAGGCUUAGAUCCUGUUGAAAUACUACAAGAACGGGAGUACAGGCUACAAGCUCGCAUUGCCCACAGGAUCCAGGAACUGGAAAAUCUACCUGGCUCUCUGCCACCAGACCUGAGAACAAAAGCCACGGUGGAACUGAAAGCUUUGCGCCUUCUCAACUUCCAACGUCAGCUUAGACAAGAGGUUGUGGCAUGCAUGCGCAGGGAUACCACCCUCGAGACUGCUCUGAACUCGAAAGCUUACAAAAGAAGCAAACGGCAAACGCUACGUGAAGCCCGAAUGACAGAAAAACUAGAGAAGCAGCAGAAAAUAGAACAGGAAAGAAAACGUAGACAAAAGCACCAGGAAUAUCUCAAUAGCAUCUUGCAGCAUGCUAAGGACUUCAAAGAAUAUCACCGAUCUGUCACUGGUAAAAUUCAGAAACUAUCUAAAGCAGUUGCGACAUGGCAUGCAAACACGGAACGCGAGCAAAAGAAGGAAACCGAACGCAUAGAAAAAGAAAGAAUGAGAAGACUGAUGGCAGAAGAUGAAGAAGGAUACCGUAAGCUGAUUGACCAGAAGAAAGAUCGGCGUCUGGCUUACCUUCUACAGCAAACCGACGAGUAUGUCGCUAAUCUGACUAGUUUGGUGUGGGAGCACAAACAAGCACAGGCAGCCAAGGAGAAAAAGAAAAAGAGGAGAAAGAAGAAGGUGGAGGAAAAUGUGGAGGGAAUGGGAUCUGGUCUUGGCAUUGAAGGAGAGUUAAUAGACGAGAGCAGCCAGAUGAGUGACCUGCCUGUUAAAGUGAUACACACUGAAACCGGAAAAGUACUACUUGCUCCCGAUGCACCAAAAGCAAGUCAGCUUGAUACAUGGCUGGAAAUGAACCCAGGAUAUGAAGUGGCUCCAAGAUCUGACAGUGAAGGAAGUAGCUCUGAAUAUGAAGAAGAGGAAGAGGAUGAGGACUCUAGCAGACUGGAAGCAGAUGAGAAGAAACGCUUAGAUCUGGCCAAAGAGGAACAUGAACAGGACAGCGCUAAACACAUAAUUGAGACAGCAAAGCAAGAUGUGGAUGAUGAAUACAGCAUGCAGGCAGACGCACGCCAGUCUCAGUCCUACUAUGGUGUGGCUCAUGCUAUCACAGAGAGGGUUGAAAAGCAGUCAACUCUUCUUAUCAACGGUUCCCUAAAGCAUUACCAGAUUCAGGGCUUGGAAUGGAUGGUUUCUCUUUACAACAACAAUUUAAAUGGCAUUCUUGCUGAUGAAAUGGGGCUUGGGAAGACAAUUCAGACUAUUGCACUCAUAACCUAUCUCAUGGAGCACAAGAGGCUCAAUGGCCCCUAUCUCAUUAUCGUUCCGCUUUCGACAUUAUCAAAUUGGCAGUAUGAGUUUGAUAAGUGGGCACCAUCAGUUGUGAAAAUCGCUUACAAGGGUACACCUGCCAUGAGACGUUCAUUAGUUCCUCAGCUCAGGACUGGGAAGUUCAAUGUACUCUUGACGACCUAUGAGUACAUUAUCAAGGACAAGCACAUUCUUGCAAAGAUCCGAUGGAAGUACAUGAUUGUGGAUGAAGGGCACCGAAUGAAGAAUCACCAUUGUAAACUCACUCAGGUCUUGAAUACCCAUUACGUCGCUCCAAGACGUAUAUUGCUGACUGGAACCCCACUUCAGAACAAGCUUCCUGAGCUUUGGGCCCUUUUAAAUUUCCUUCUACCCACCAUCUUCAAAAGCUGCAGUACAUUUGAGCAGUGGUUCAAUGCCCCGUUUGCCAUGACAGGAGAGAGGGUGGAUUUAAAUGAAGAAGAAACUAUAUUGAUCAUUCGCCGUCUGCACAAAGUGUUGCGUCCUUUCUUGUUGAGGAGAUUGAAGAAAGAAGUGGAGUCGCAAUUACCUGAAAAGGUUGAAUAUGUUAUUAAAUGUGAUAUGUCAGCUCUUCAGAAGGUCUUGUACCGACACAUGCAGGCUAAGGGGAUCCUUCUUACUGAUGGCUCAGAAAAGGAUAAGAAGGGCAAGGGUGGAGCUAAAACACUCAUGAACACUAUUAUGCAGCUAAGAAAAAUAUGCAACCACCCGUACAUAUUUCAGCAUAUUGAGGAAUCCUUUGCUGAACAUCUGGGUUAUGCCAAUGGCAUCAUAAAUGGGCCUGAUUUGUACAGAGCCUCAGGAAAGUUCGAGUUACUUGAUCGAAUUUUACCAAAGCUAAGAGCCACAAAUCAUCGCGUCCUACUUUUCUGUCAAAUGACAUCACUCAUGACUAUAAUGGAAGACUACUUUGCUUUCCGGAACUUCCUGUACCUGCGACUUGAUGGUACUACCAAGUCAGAGGACCGUGCUGCACUACUAAAAAAGUUUAAUGCCGAAAAUUCUCAAUACUUCAUCUUCUUGCUGAGUACUAGAGCUGGGGGUCUCGGUUUGAAUCUUCAAGCUGCAGAUACAGUAGUUAUAUUUGACAGUGAUUGGAAUCCUCAUCAGGAUUUGCAAGCACAAGAUCGAGCUCACAGAAUCGGCCAGCAAAACGAGGUGCGUGUGCUGCGCUUGUGCACUGUGAACAGUGUGGAGGAGAAGAUUCUUGCUGCUGCCAAAUACAAGCUAAACGUAGAUCAGAAAGUCAUACAGGCUGGCAUGUUUGAUCAAAAGUCUUCAAGCCACGAGCGGAGAGCCUUCCUGCAAGCUAUAUUAGAACAUGAAGAACAAAAUGAGCCUGUGCCCCAAACAACAGCAUUCAGCCAAAAGAAAGAUGAUGUGUCAGGAGAUAAUUCCCAAGAAGGUUCAAGCCAGGAAGAAGAUGAAGUUCCUGAUGAUGAAACCCUGAAUCAGAUGAUUGCUCGACAUGAGGAGGAAUUCGAACUUUUUAUGCGUAUGGACUUAGAUCGGCGCAGAGAGGAUGCCCGCAAUCCUAACCGCAAGCCUCGUUUGAUGGAGGAGGAUGACCUGCCUUCAUGGAUCAUUAAAGAUGAUGCUGAAGUUGAGCGUCUCACUUGUGAAGAAGAGGAAGAAAAGAUAUUUGGAAGAGGGUCACGUCACCGCAGAGAUGUGGAUUACAGUGAUGCUCUCACAGACAAACAGUGGCUCAGAGCUAUCGAGGACGGAAAUCUGGAAGAAAUGGAGGAAGAAGUACGGCUGAAGAAGCGCAAACGAAGAAGAAACGUGGACAAAGAUUCUAUCAAAGAAGAUGGGGAAAAGGCCAAAAAGAGAAGGGGACGGCCUCCUGCUGAAAAGCUGUCUCCAAAUCCACCUAAGCUGACCAAACAGAUGAAUGCUAUAGUUGAUACCGUAAUAAACUACAAGGACAGCUCUGGUCGGCAGCUAAGUGAAGUCUUCAUUCAACUUCCAUCUAGAAAAGAAUUACCAGAGUAUUAUGAAUUAAUCCGCAAACCUGUUGACUUCAAAAAAAUUAAGGAAAGAAUUCGCAAUCACAAAUACAGGAGUAUCGGUGACCUAGAGAAAGAUGUCAUGUUACUGUGCCACAAUGCUCAGACAUUCAAUUUAGAAGGGUCCCAGAUCUACGAGGAUUCCAUUGUUCUACAAUCAGUCUUCAAAAGCGCCAGGCAAAAGAUUGCUAAAGAGGAAGAGAGUGAGGAUGAUAGCAAUGAUGAGGAUGAUGAAGAGGAUGAUGACGAAUCCGAAUCUGAAUCAAAAUCUGUGAAAGUCAAAAUCAAACUAAAUAAAAAGGAUGACAAGUGCCGAGACAAGGGAAAGGGAAAGAAACGUCUAAGUCGUGGAAAAGCAAAGCCGGUUGUGAGUGACUAUGACAGCGACGAAGAUCUGGAAGAUAAUGAUCAAUCGGAAGUAAGUGGGAGCGACGAUGAAUGAUCUCCUUGUGGUCCUAUUUCUGGGCACAGUACUCCCUUUACAGUUUCAACACAUCAUAUUUUUUCUAAGAUAAACAAUGGAUUGUUUCUGUACUUUCAUCAUUCUAGUAACAUUAGAAUAGUUCCAGACAAACAUGGUUUCAUCGUGUAAAAACAAAAAUCUUUGUAACAUAUUGUGACCAAAACGAGCCUGCAACAUGAAGCAAGUUAUUCAAUUUUUGAUGGAAAACUGUGGCUCUAUAGUAUAUUUCUGUGGUCGGUUUCGCUGGGAAAUGGUUUCUCUGUGCCUGGUUUCAUAUAUUAUGGUGCGGUUAACGGCAUUGCAAAGCUGAAAACGUAUUUUGUAGCAAUGAAAAACCGGGACAAACCAACAAAAGUAACUGGUUAUUUUAUUUUUCGUCAGGCGAUUUUUAGCAGUUUUUACGUUGCUGUGAUUCAGUAUUUUUUUUUUUUAAUGUUUUUAUUAUGUUUAAUUUUUUUGUUUAGUUUUUCCCCCAUCAUUGUGGUACAUAUAUAUAUGCAAAUUAAAGUGCUAGUUAACCCUUUUGGUGCUAUAUGGGCCUCAAUGUAUUGCUUCAUAUGCGAUGGCUCAAAUAGCUCACAAAGUGUUAAUAUGCAGUAGUUAUAUUUUUCAUUUAUUUCAUCCUUUACCCCUCCUCCCACUCUACAGUUUUUUUCCCCUUGGACUAAAGCUCUUUGAUUGCAGGGUUUGUCUAAAUAUUAUAAAAUAUAUGGCUAAAAUAAUCUGUUAUUUUUCUUUCUUUUACUUUUUUUCUUCUACAAUUUCUACUUGUUAUGAAAAGUUUGGUUAUACUUGUUAUUAAAUGUUGCAAACUAUAUAAAGUGUAAUGGAACGCUUAUCUUUUCUACCCUCCUCCUCCCACCUUCUUCAGACUGACCUUUGUUACCAAUGUGGAUAAUCAGCUUUUCCCUAAAGUGUACUUAAUCUUUGCUUUCUUUGCACAAUGUCUUUGGUUGCAAUUCAUAAGCCUGAGGCAAAUAAAAUUCCAGCAAUUUUGAGAAAAAAAAGAAAUGUUGUUCUUUAUUAGUAAGGGAAAAACAUUUUUUUUAAUUUACCGAUUAAUUUUCAGCCAGUUAAUUGGACCUCAAGCUAACUGACAUGACCACUAGGGGCACUGCAUCAUCUGCAAACUAAUUAACACUUGUAUAUAAACUAUUUUCGAUCACUAUAGAGAAGAUUUUUUUUUUUUUUUAAAUAUUAAAUGGGAAAGUCCAUCCAUUUCACUUGUUUUAAGAAAAGCUGUGCUGUGUGUGUAAUUUACCAGUGUCUGAUUGAAAUAAGAUAGUUUGGA